AUACUUUUAUUUAAAGUAUGAUCGACAAUAUUGUAUUGCAAAAUAUUGACCAUAUCGUUAUCUUACAAUGACUAAAAAUUUGGUGAACUUAAUAUAGCACUUAUGUAUUUGAACCUAUUACAAGUAUUUUAAACGCAACCAACAAUAUUCUUAGUACAUUAUGUACCUACAGUUUGGAUGAGCGAAACUAAUGCAGUAAAUAUUUUAUUGCAUAUGCGGUUUGGAAUGUCGUCCGCGAUGCGACUCUUGUAUCGUUGUAAGUGUUGAUGUAGGUUUAUUUAUUUUUAUUGUCUUUAAAUGAUAAUAUAUUAAAAUAGGAAAAAAAAUAUUGAAUACAAAUAUGGUUUCUCUGGACGAAGAUUUAAUCCGCAAUUUGAUUGUAAAAACUUGCACACCUAUUGUAUUUCGGAAAUUUGUUAAUGAUUGGCCAAUGUGUGGAUGGCGUCAGGAGAAAUGGGUAUCAAUAUUUGGCAAUAAGGAAAUACCAUUUCGUUGCUUGAGAAAAAAUGUCAUCAGUGACGAACCAUGUUGGGAGAGAUGCUGUAAGAUAAGAAAUAUGACAUUUAAGAACUUUGUUGAAAAUUCUAUUACCAGCAACGAGUGGAUGUACUUUGACUACAAACACCUUCACCAGUGGUUUAGUGGAGAAAGUGAACUAUGUAAGGAAAUAUCAUGGAAACAGUUUGGGUAUCCUGAUAAAGGAGCUUCUGAGACAACCCUCUGGGUUGGGAGCAAGGGAGCUCACACUCCAGCCCACCAAGACACCUAUGGCUAUAACAUUGUUGCACAAGUACAUGGAAAGAAGAGGUGGAUCUUAUUUCCUCCCGAAACAGGUGGUCUUAAACCUACAAGGGUACCUUAUGAAGAAUCUAGUGUUUACAGUGAAUUAAAUUUCUACUGUCCCAGUAAUUUGGAUGUUUUUAAUGGUUUAACGGGGGGACGCAUGGUUGAACUGUCAGCAGGGGAUGCCCUUUUUGUGCCCAGAGGCUGGUGGCACUAUGUGCAAAACAUUGAUCCUUUAAAUAUUACCUUCAAUAUUUGGUUGCCACAUGAAAAAGACAGCUCAACACAUGUAUCAGAAGCUCUAAUUAAAAUAUUUGUAGCUCAAAUAUGUAAGGAUCUUCCUCAAGAUACAGCCAAACUAUUGGUCAAUCCUAAUGAGGAUGAUAUAUCAGAUACACCCUUAGCAGUAUUAUUUUUGCAAUUGGAAUCUGUCGUAAAUACAUAUUUGGAUAAGAAGCGUAAAGCGCGUCGAGUGAAACGACAGCGAACGCGAGACGAGCCUCAAAGUUCCGACGUAGAAGAAGCUGAUCUCAAACUUUUAUUAGAAAAUCACACUAACAACAUUCAAAUUGUUCCUACUAUAACGAAUAGUGAUAUCAUCGAAAUAAUAAAAGGCAAUUUAAAAGAAUACAUAGCUGAAGAUAAAGCGCACGACGAGGACGAAGUAGAGGGCGCCACGAGCAAUCUAUGUUUAACAAAGGCUGUGAUUGAUGCGUUCAGCCAAAGCAACGUCAUUGAUCUCGUUAAGCAGAAUCUCUUUGUUAAGUUAGGCUAGUGUUUGCAUUAAGAGCGCAAUAUGUUUGUUCUAUGUAAUUUACGUGACGCAUUGAACAUUGAUUAAAUUAUAUUUUUAAGAAUAUAUUAUAUGGUAUAACCUUAUAAUUUUCUUGUAUAUUUGCUUAAUAUAUUUUAUAUAUUA